AGCGGCCCCCUGCAUUCCCCACCCCCUCCCCGCCUUGUUUUCCAACUUCUCAGGGAGCAGCCGGAGCGCAGGCGUCGGGACACAGCAGAGAGAGGAGGUACCAGGACCCUGAGCGCCCCGGAGUUGGAACUUCCUGCGCCCUCGAGGUCCCCCCCACCAAACCCCAGAGCCAGGAGGAGUGAGAACCCUGACCCCUAACCCCGCUGCAUCCAGCCAAUAGGAGCCCAGCCACCAUGGCGGAGCUGCAGGAAGUGCAGAUCACGGAGGAGAAGCCGCUGUUGCCAGGGCAGACACCCGAGGUGGCCAAGGAGGCUGAGUUAGCUGCCCGAGUCCUCCUAGACCAGGGACAGACUCACUCUGUGGAGACACCGUAUGGCUCUGUCACUUUUACUGUCUAUGGCACCCCUAAACCCAAACGCCCAGCGAUACUCACCUACCAUGAUGUGGGGCUCAACUAUAAAUCCUGCUUCCAGCCGCUGUUUCAAUUUGGGGAUAUGCAGGAAAUCAUUCAGAACUUCGUGCGGGUUCAUGUGGACGCCCCUGGAAUGGAAGAGGGGGCUCCCGUGUUCCCUUUGGGGUAUCAGUACCCAUCUCUGGACCAGCUUGCGGACAUGAUCCCUUGCAUCCUGCAGUACCUAAAUUUCUCCACAAUAAUUGGAGUUGGUGUUGGAGCUGGGGCCUACGUCCUGUCGCGAUAUGCUCUUACCCACCCGGAUACUGUUGAGGGUCUUGUCCUCAUCAACAUCGAUCCCAAUGCCAAGGGCUGGAUGGACUGGGCGGCUCACAAGCUAACAGGCCUCACCUCUUCCAUUUCGGAGAUGAUCCUUGGACAUCUUUUCAGCCAGGUAAGUGGUUGUAGAUAUUGGAACAGCUACAACAACCGCCGAGACCUGAACUUUGAGCGUGGAGGCGACAUCACCCUCAAGUGCCCUGUGAUGCUGGUGGUAGGAGACCAAGCACCCCAUGAAGAUGCAGUGGUGGAAUGUAACUCAAAACUGGACCCCACUCAGACUUCCUUCCUCAAGAUGGCUGACUCCGGAGGUCAGCCCCAGCUGACUCAGCCAGGCAAGCUGACGGAGGCCUUCAAGUACUUCCUGCAGGGCAUGGGCUACAUGGCCUCAUCCUGUAUGACUCGCCUGUCCCGGUCUCGCACAGCCUCCCUGACCAGUGCAGCAUCCGUUGAUGGCAACCGGUCCCGUUCUCGCACACUGUCCCAGAGCAGCGAGUCUGGGACUCUCCCUUCAGGGCCCCCGGGGCACACCAUGGAGGUCUCCUGUUGAAUGACCCUUGUUGCCCUGGUGUGGGACCCAGCCCUCACCUCCCCCAGCACUAACCUGGGAGGUGCAGAGAGCACUGGGCCAGAGUGAGCAAAGGAAGAUGGGCAGAUCAUGUGGGGAGAUGACCUUGAUCUUUGAUUGCUACCUUAACCUUGACCUCUAACCUGUGAUUCCCCUCAGCUCCUGGGAGAGCGGUCCUAAUAUCUCUUAGGGACCCAGACCCGUAAAUUAUCCCUCUGUCUCAUUUUGGUGUUAAGAUGGAGAAGGCAUGUAUCCCCUCUCCCUAAUCCAGGUGUCUGUAGCUAAGGGAUAUAGGAGGUUGUUGUCAUCCGCGGGGCCCCCACCAGACUCUCCCUCCGCAUCUCGUAUUGCAAGGGUAAGGGGCUUGGGUCUGGGGCUCCACUCACCAAAGCUGAUACGGCUUCUCAUGAAUCCUUCAGCCAUCUGAAGGGUCUGGGCCUAAACGAAUGUGUGACGGGGAGGCUUGCUGGUGGGUUAGUGGUCCUCAGGAUGUGACUGAAACAUUCAGUGUGGAAACGGAAGUUGGAAUGGGAGGAGGUAGGCGGUGAACCAGCAGGCGGGAGGGGUUGGAGCUGGGCAGUAGGAGGGGGCCUGGGGCCACUGGCUGCACUAACUUCAGUAGCUGUCUUGUACUGUGUGUCUAGAGUGGGAAGGGGGAGGGAGCCACGCAGGGCAGGGCUGCUUGGGGCUCGGCAUAGGGGUGGGAGGGGCUGCCUCGGGGCUCUGACCACAGUGUGUGCUGUGUGCAGGGUGCCCUCCUGUCUCCCACAACUGCUGUAACAAUAAACUGUAGAGGAAUCUGAGCACCGUAA